AUGGUUUCUUUGACUGAUCUUGUUCAAGCAUUGCCAUCCUAUUCACUGCAAAUUUCCAUCCAUGAGGCGGCACAGGUCAUUUGCAGGGUGCUCAUUCCCUUGCUCACCUUUGUGUGUGUGUGUGUGUGUGAAAUGCUGUCCUGCUUGUGCCUGCUCUUGCCAGCACUACAGCCCCAGCCAGCCCUGCACUGGUGUCUGUUGUGGAGUCACUCUUCAAGUUCCCACCAGUUUGGCGAGCUGUCAAGGGGAAGGUGUGACAGUGCUGUGGCGAUCCCACACAUGAUGCACCCAUGGUGCCUUUAUGGGUUGUUCAAUGAGACAAUGCAAUAA